ACUGGCAGUAACUGUUGGUGCGGCGUUGUUUUUGGACAUACUGUAGAAGUUGCUUUUGCGGAUGGCGCAUGAACCGCGACGAUGACGAAGUGUACUGUUAGUGUGCCGUCGGUAGCAGCGUGCCGUGGACGAGUGUGACGAUGUAACGCUACUAUUUGUUGCGUCCACCGUUGAGUUGUUGUUGUUGUGCGGUUUAUCAUUUCGACUCUGUUGUUUUGCGAGCGUAUGGGCUAGUGGCGCGUCGCGUAGCAACCGUUAAGUGUGAAAACAAAAGGCGGAAAAAAUAACAACAGCAGAGAAAGAGAGCAAGCAACAGCGCAAAAUAACCGCUCAUUCUGCAGGUUUUUGCAUUUGUGCGUGUGUCGCCUUUGUUUUGCUGCAUUUAAUUAGCCUGGCAGCUGAAGCAAUUUAACAACAAUAAAUGCCCAGCCUGAGUCAAUGAAAGCAACAAACAAAUAUGUAUAAGCAAGUGCAGACAGACAACAAGUAAAUCAGCAGUCGUUUAUGCGAAAAAGUUGUAAAAUGUGAUGGACUCAAGGGAAUGCGGCCCUGCAGUGGGAGUUUGUCACACUGUAAGCGCUGAAGCCAAAAUUUAAACCAGUUGUAAAACAAGUCAUUUAUACAAUUCACCAAAGCAGCAACAAAACAUACGUGAACUGUAAUAAACUAGCGAAGAAUGCAACAACAAUAACAACAGAAAACGUGCAUAACACAAAUAGACAUCCAACGAAAAAAGAAAAGUGCAGAAAAAAACGAAAACUGACGAAAAUAGCGAGCCAAAAGACAAAAGUCUAAGCCGCGCAAACAAAAAUUGAAAGACCUGAAAUACCAAAAUAAAUUUAGACUGAAACCUAUUUUUUAGCCAGGCCAAGCUAAGCCGAAAGCAACGAAAAAAUUCACAUAAAAACAGAGCAACAAAAUUGCAAGUGCAUAAAUGGUAAGCAUGAGCAUGCACGUGGCGGAGGGUGGAGGUAGGAGGGUUCACGCACAAAAACACACAACAACAACAAAUACAUACAAAAUAAAAGAAGUGCGCCGAUAUUAAAAACGACUGCAAAACAGUCAGAGCGCCACAGUGAGAGUGACAGUGACUGUGACAGCUUUGUCACUAACUUUGCAAAAGCGUUGACGAAAAACAACAACAACAACCAAAAUAAUGGUGAAGUGACACUAAAAGAGCACAAUAAAAAUAUAACAACAAAUAAUAAGGCUCCAGCAGGGUCCUGCUUGCUAGGCUCGCAAGAGAUUCCAAUAAAGAAUGCGCAAAGCGCACAAAGACAAGAAAAAUAAUUAAAAAUUUCACAAUUUUCCUAAAUAAAACGAGGAAGUGCUACAAACUGUUGCAACAGCUGCAGCAACAACGAAAACAACAACAAUAUCACCACCGCAGCUACGUUCCAUAUCAGUCGUUGAGCGGCGAGCAACCGUGCGGUCAGCCACUUCCAACAACAACAACAUCAGAGUAGCAAAAACAAUAGCACAUUGACAAUGUCACCACUUGUCAGCAAACUCAGCAAGACUUUCCGCUGGCUGCGCUGGUCCACCAUUUGUGCCAUACUCUUCUACAUGUUCUUCAUUGGACUGAUACUGCACAGCACCACAUACAAACUGCAGCACACGCUCAAAUCGCGGGCGGGGAGCGGCGAUGGCGGAGCGGCACCACAGCCAGGCGCGCUGCCACAACAAAUGCUGGAAUACUCAAACAAAUAUCCAAUAGAAGCGAAAGCAGCAAUACAACAACAAAGUAGGCUAACAAAAGAAGCGCUACAGCGAAACGGACAAAAGAGUGUGGCCGAGAAGGUGGCAGUUUCGGCGGCGUUGCACGAGCAGUCGAGCGCAGCGAACGGAAAUAAUGUGCUGAAAACACCGCCGGAAGCUGUGUUGGCCACAACAUUUCAACAACAAAAUGCCCAGCAGCGCUUGAGUAGUGCUAGCAAUGGGCCGGCGAAGCAAGUGGGCAGUCAGAAGAGUACAGCGGCGCGUGUUGCUGCCGUUGUGGCUAACGACGCGGCCGGCGGUGUUGUGAGCGUGAGUGGCGCGCGGCAAGGCGGUAAACCUAGCGAACCGGAAACUGUUAUUUUAGCAGCGAGCUCCGUCAACGAGAAACAAAUUCUCGAGAAAGCAUUCAAACGCGCCGAUCGAGAUGGUAACUCUGAGCUGACAAUUCAGGAACUUGGUGUUUACAUAAAUCAGAAGAUCUUGGAUCAUAUUGAGGAGGCGAUACAGAAUAAUCCACACGAAUUUCAGCGUGUGGACAAAUCUCCCGCCGAUGGCUUAAUCACAUGGGAAGAAUAUCACACUUUCUUUCUCAAAGAGCACGGCAUGACCGAUGCAGACAUUGAUGAGCACAAUGAGAUAAAGCAUACAGCAUUGAAUAGAAAAGCGCGCGAAGAUAUGAUGCGCGAUAAGGCUCGUUGGUCGGAAGCAGCGCGCACCGAUCUCUUUAGUCUCACAAUCGAUGAGUAUCUUUCAUUUCGACAUCCCGAAUCGAGUAUAUCAAAUUUACUGGAAUUAGUUGAUGAUUUACUGCGACAAUUCGAUCAGGAUGGCGAUGAUCAGUUGACGAUCGAUGAGUUCUCCGAAGUAAAUGUGGAUGAUGAUGAAGAUUUACGCAGAAAGUCGCUCAUCUCACAGACGGUUGUGGAGAGAAGGGCGGAAUUCAAGCGAAUUAUUGAUAAGAAUAACGAUGGCAGGGCGGAUAGGGAGGAGUUAUUGAAUUAUGUAAAUCCGAAGACGCCACGUUAUGCGCUGCAAGAGGCGGCAACGCUAUUCAGUUUAUGUGAUGAGAACAAGGAUGGGCGACUGACGUUGAACGAGUUAACUGAAAAUGCGGAGAUUUUUCUCACCUCCAAAAUGAUAGACACGGCAAACAGUUUCCACACAGAAUUCUAAGUGCCCGCCAAACAAAUUGAAUUAAUGAAAUGGAGGGAAUCUUGGAAACUGAAGUCCGUGCUAACAGACUGCAGUGUAUAUAAAUAAUGUGGAAGAUUAGAUUUAAUUGGAAUCUGCACAAUUAUUUGACUACUCGAAAAUUUAGUUUUCAGUUAUUUUAAAUACUUAGUAAAUUAAUUAGACUACAUUUUAUUAAAUUUAUCUUAGCCAAACUUUGUCAAAGAAAUACAUCUUUUUUCUUAGAUUUGUCAAAAUGAAAAUAUUCGUUUUAGCUCUAUUUAAAAUUAUCAAAUGUUGAUCACAAUUUAAUCGAUCGUUAAACUGCUUAUUGAACUUAACCGAACUAUCGAUUAAUGACGCAAUCAAAAAAAAAUCAUUAUUAAUAAUACAGAUUAAAUAAAUUGUCAAGAAGUCAAUUCGUAGAAAUAAAACAACAAUUUUUUAUUACACUUUAGCAGAAAAAAGUGCAGAUUAAAAUUUUGUUACAAUUCAUUAGUAUAACAUUAUUAUGUAUACUUUUGUUAACCAGUAAUAAAUAAUUAAUACCAAAAAUCAUUUUUCGGUUACUUUAAGCGCCUUUUAACGUACUCAGCUGCAAAUUGUGAGUAGAGUCUUUAGUAAAAAGCUGCUUAUGCCAAAUUAUGAAUCAAAAAAAAAUUUUUAGGGCAUAACAUAUUUUCUAUCCCAACAAUUUUCGCCAGAGACUAAAAUGCAAAUGUAUGAUAUAAUUUGAAAGUACAUUAAUUUGCAAGGCAAUAAAUAAGAAUCGUUUCUCAUUGUAUUUUAUAUACUAAUAUAUAAUAUAUAUCGCAAUUGGAUAUUAUACAAGCAAUGUGAAUUGUUAGUGAUAUUAUGUUUUAAGAAAUUAUUUUUGUAAAAAUGGAAAUUUAUUUUUAAAUAAUUUGUUUUGCUUUUAUAUUCUAUAAGUUAUAAAAAUACUCAAAAAUAUUUAAUUAAAAUUUAAAUUAGUAGAUAUAUGUAUGUAUGUAUAUUAUUUCUAAUAAAAAGUUGUACUAAAAAUUUGUGAACUGAUAUUCCUUUAUAAUAGCUGUCUUCGUUUCGCAAUUUUUCUGCGCGCUUCUGGUCGCUUCAAUAAAAAAGUUAUCGAGUUGAACUAUUGGUAUUAUUAGUACAGCUGCUAACUCCAAUGUUACCAAGUUUUGUUUUGCAUAUUUUAAAUCAGUUGGACUAAUGUGAAUGAUUCUAACGACAAAUGAAAAUAACAUUUUUUUCUUGUAUUUUCAAAACUUAAGAUUAUAGCAAUUUAUAAAAACAAAAAUAAAGGA